CAGUAGUUGGAGAGCGGAGGAUAUUUUUAGGUCCUGGAGCAGGUUGUGCCUGCCUUGCUGCAUAACUAGAACUAGGAUAUCGCUAAGCAAGGGACGCCGUGCGUGCCAACAAUGGUAUAGAGGUUCUUUUGCAUCUUCUCCAUCCUAGGAUAUUUACAUCUCCAGCUUCUCUCGACUGCCUACACGCUCUAGCAUGCCGAGUCCUGAUUGGUUUAGCCAGAGACAAUACAAUUGCACACAUAUUAACAAAGCUUUAGUGUGACUUGCAUCCUAAUAUGGGCCACGUAUUAUCAGAAUCCUUCCUAUCCUCAGUGCAAGCAUUUGUUUCAGUUUCUCAGUGUUCAUCAAUCUCCAGAUGGAAGGUGUUCCUAUCAAUUUUAGAGAAGUUCUUCUCCAAGUUUCUGAACUUGCCUGAUGUAAAUAGGAGGUUGAGGAAGAUCAUCUCCAUCCUCUCAAGCAACCAGCCUCCCUGCCCUCAACUAUAUCUAUACAGCACAGCUGACAAGGUCAUUCCAGCUUGGUCGGCAAAGUCUUUUAUUCAGGAGAAGAAAUCUGGGAGAAAGGUGAAACCGAAUGCAAUGGUUAAGGACAGCUUUCUUGGGGGCAUCACUCUCUGAUCAUCUCAAACCUGACUUCAAUCCUCUUAUCAUGAAGAAACCCCAAACUGAAACUAAUACAAAAUUGGAUUAAUCCCAUCUUGUAGGUAAGUGGUUAGUCAAUCAUUUGUUGUCUUGCUCAGGCCUUGACAAAUGAAUGGGCUAGGUUGCAGGGCCUGCUAUGCAUCCAUACACAUCCAUCUGCAUUUCUUUUCUUGUUUGAGAGUUUCAUUUCAUGUCUUGCAGCUAGCAGGCUAGAGCUACCUGUUGAGGUUGCAGGGGCCUGCUACGCACAAUUUAAAUGGAGAAUGCUGGUAGAGGCAAUGAUGACGUUGGCCUGGAAGCAGCAGAAGAUGGACAGGCACUGUUAUCUCAGGGUCCACCAAGCACGACGACACCGGUGAUGACGGGCGCGACCAUGACUUUGUAUUAUUUGUGGAACUUAAUGUUGUGUAACAGUUU